CACUAAUGAUUACUCCAGUGCUUAACUUCACUGAUUUCAAAAAGUUUCGUCAGUACAUAGAUAUCCAAUCUGAAAUAGAUGUCCUGGCAGCUGCUAUUCAAGUGCAACCAAGAAAUAACAGAGGAACCACACCUCUGAGAAACAUAAUUGUGAUCGAUCAAGGCUGCAUACCAACGAUCCUAACUUUAUGGGGAGCUUACGAGCUAAAUGAAGGACAGGCUAUUGCAGAUAUCAUUGAUUCACAGCCAAUUAUUGCAGCAUUGAAAGUUAAGGUUUCCUCUUAUCAUACUGUGAACCUCAGCACAAAGCCAGGAAGUGCGAUUCUCAUUAAUCCUCCAAUUGAACAAGCAGCAACAAUAAAGUCAUGGAUUCAAGACAACCGUGCAAAAAUUGAACAGAUGUUGCUUGAAAAAACUUAUGAGAAUCGUGCCGUCCUCUUGCCAAUGCCACCUAUUGAAGAGCUCACAUCAAUAAGAGACUUCUUGAACUUGCCCCUGCAAAAAUCCUGUUGGUUACAAGGCACACCAACUCUGCUAGAUAAAAGUCAAAAGCUCUGAUAUAAUGCAUGUCCUGGAUGCCAUAAAUCUCUUCGGAUGUCUCCACAGCACUUAAUUAUUUGCACUUCAUGCCAGAGACAGAUUAGAGUCGAGCCAAGGUGUAGAUUAACUGUUAACUUUGCUAACUGCUCUGGCUCAAUGACAUUGGAUCUAUAUGGACAAGAUGCCGAGCAACUACUGCCAUUCACUAUAGCAGAAAUUCAAGACCAAGAGGAACAAGGUUCCCUUGACUAUAAAGCAAUAGAGGAAAGCAUUAACAGCUCCAUGAUUGUUUGCUUCGUCAAAAAGACCGAAAAAUCAUUUGCAUCAUCCUCCACUGAAAAGUAUACAGCCAUUAUAGCGCACAAGCUGAACUUGGGAGAAAUUGAAGCCAGAGGACUGCCACCAAUAUAUACUGAUGCAGAGAGUUCAACAGCAGCAGAAACAGCAGCAAUGCAUGCUAAAUCGACAACAGCACCAACUGAAAACACUACAAAUUCAUCUGGAGAUCAUGACAACAAACUUGAGGCAGAACGCCUCGCUACACUGAAAAUAACAGAAAGCCCUACCAAGAAACAAAAGACCACUGCUGAAAAAGUGAAGGAAAAAGACGCCAUGGCCUAACAGAAUUAAUAGCCACUAAUUCCUUCACCAUUUUUCCAGCCAGCACACUUUUGCAGAUUCAAUGGAUCUAAACUCCGGCUCUUAAGCCAUAGUUUUUGCAAUGUAUGUUUUGCAGAUUCACUGAUGUCCACUGAAGUUCUUAACUGCCAACUUUUGACAUCCGCCAACAAUAGAUAUAAAAUACUUUUGCUAUCAUAACAAUGUCAUCCUAUUAACCAACACUCAAAUUUUGUUACCUUCCCAAAUUCACUCAUCUCAGCUACACCUCUUCUAACAACAUGAAUUUCCUCAUUCUUAUUAAAUGUUUCCUGAUUCUUAUUAAAUGUAAUCCAAAACUUUCCACCUCAAUUUCUUAACAAAAUCAACCUUUACAUAUAUACACAGGCACCAUCGUCCGCGCAUCGCGCGGAAAC